UUCCCAUCACAACCAAGAUGGCGGCGGAGCGGACACCCGGCUCGGCACACUGACUGACAGAAGAAGCAGCAGCAGCCUCGCGCGGUCGGUUGGACAGCUAACGGGUCGGCUCCAGUUGAGGACAGAGAGAAAGAGAGAAAAAAAACACUAAUUAACGGUAACAAACAGCGACGACACCCGACACCGGUCACCACAACGUGUCGGUAAUGCAACAGCAGCGGUAGACGACGGACACCGGCCGAAGUUGUGUGUGUGUGAGGACCGAUUUGACGUUCACAAGCGGGGGCAGUCGGCGGGGAUGGGAAAUGAUGGAGGACAAAGGCCCUCGUGUAGCCGACUACUUUGUGGUGGCCGGUUUGACAGACCCGUCCAAGCCGUUGGACCAGGAGAUCCACUUUGAUGAUGUCUGCCACAAAACGGCCAAGCCUAAGGCGCCCAUCACCGACGUGGCCGUGGUGAUCCGCUCGAUGGGCGAGGAGGUGCCGCCAGGGUUCACCUGCAUAGAGGCGACCCCAACCGGCCAGUCGGCUGAUCUCAACAACGGUGGCCUCAUGGCACCGCAGAUCUUCCUGUGCUACAGACGAGGCCGCGACAAGCCUCCACUUACUGACCUGGGUGUUCUGUACGAGUGGAAGGAGCGACUGAAGCAGGGCUGCCACCUCAUCCAGACCACACCUGCCGGUCGUCCCGCCAACAUCAGCGGAAACUCCUCCCAGCGCAUCUACGUCACCUACCGCCGGGCGCCCGAGAGCCAACCUCACGCCGCCCUGGCCGUCACCGACAUCUGCAUCAUCAUCCCGAGCAAGGGGGAGACGCCGCCGCACACUUUCUGCAAGGUGGAGAAGAAUCUCAACAGCAGCAUGUGGGGCUCCUCUGUCUACUUGUGUUAUAAGAAGUCUGUGGCCAAAACCAACACAAUAGCAUACAAAGCAGGUUUAUUCAGCAGAUAUCCAGAGGAGGACUACGAGUCUUUCCCUCUGCCAGAGUCUGUCCCUCUCUUCUGCCUUCCCAUGGGAGCCACGAUCGAGUGCUGGCCAGCUAACACCAAAUACUCCCUCCCUGUUUUUUCCACUUUUGUCCUCACCGGAGCCUCUGGAGAAAAGGUUUAUGGUGCUGCCAUCCAGUUCUAUGAGCCCUACCCACCAGAGUGUCUGACCGAUCAGCAGCUCUGCCAGCUGGGUCUCCUGAGCCCAGACAAACCCCCCUCCACCUCCAGCACAGCAGCUGCUGCCCCCAACAGCACCACGAACAGCAGCACCAGCCCUCGCUCGGUCCACACCAACAAGUGCAUCUGCCUGCUCUCCCACUGGCCCUUCUUCGACGCUUUCCGCAAGUUCCUCACAUUCCUCUAUCGCUACUCCAUCUCCGGCCCUCACGCCCUGCCCAUCGAGAAGCACAUCUCUCACUUUAUGCACAAAGUUCCCUUCCCAUCUUCUCAGAGGCCUCGCAUCCUGGUGCAGCUUUCCCCUCAUGACAGCCUGAUGUUGAGCCAGCCAGUGUCUUCUCCUUUGCCGCUCAGUGGCGGUCGGUUCUCCACUUUGCUCCAGAACCUCGGACCAGAAAACGCCGUCACCUUGCUGGUGUUUGCCGUCACAGAACACAAGAUCCUGGUCCACUCGUUACGACCGGCUGUUCUGACCAGCGUCACCGAGGCUCUGGUGUCUAUGAUCUUUCCGUUCCACUGGCCGUGUCCAUAUAUUCCUCUGUGCCCCCUGGCCUUGGCUGAUGUGUUGAGCGCCCCGUGUCCGUUCAUUGUUGGAGUGGAUUCUCGCUACUUUGAUCUUUAUGACCCACCACCGGAUGUGAGCUGUGUCGACCUGGACACAAACACCAUCUUCCACAAUGAAGAUAAGCGAGCCCUCACGUGGAAGAUCCUGCCAAAGAAAGCCUGUAAAAACCUAAUGAAUGUGCUGAGCAAUCUCCACCAGCAGCUGGUUGAUGGUCAGUGCCGGCCUGAUGGGCUGCUGGAGCUGAGCAUGAGCGAUACGUCAGAGCUGAGCUGUGGGAAGAGUCUCCACAGCCUGGAGCUGGAGAUCCAGGAAGCCUUCCUGCGCUUCAUGGCAGCCAUAUUGAAAGGCUACCGCUCCUUCUUGCGACCGAUCACCCAGGCGCCGUCGGAGAAAGCAACGGACGCCAGCUCACUCUUUGACCUACAAGGGUUCUUGAAGAGCCGCGACCGCUCGCACCAGAAGUUCUACUCUCUAAUGACCAAGACCCAGAUGUUCAUCCGCUUUAUCGAGGAAUGCUCCUUUGUCAGCGACAAAGACGCCAGCUUGGCCUUCUUCGACGACUGUGUGGACAAGCUUUACAAUUCAGAACGGAGCGCUGAUAAGGGAGGCAAGGUGGACGGUGACAGGCUGGAGGAGACCAGGCUGAUAGAGAUUGAUGAAUCCCAGCGCAGCGAGCACACAGUCUUCAUCACACCUCCAGAGCUGCCUCCGCUGCCCGACGGGGAGGAAUAUCCACUGUGCUACAGGUACGAUGGUUUUCCAGUGUUGAGUCUUGACCUGUUUGACCCGGUGGAGGGUCUGCGAACCCCUUCAUCCCGCCUCGCUGCCAGGCACAGCUGCCCCACCAGCCCUGCCCCUAUGUUCAGACGCACCAAGCAGGAGAUCAAAUCAGCCCAGAAGAUUGCCAAGAAGUACUCGUCCAUCCCUCAGCUGUGGUCUAAGUGCCUCCUCCGUCACUGCUAUGGUCUGUGGUUCAUCUGUCUGCCAGCAUAUGUCAAGGUUUGUCACUCCAAGGUUCGGGCGCUUCGCACUGCAUACGACGUCCUCAGAAAGAUGCAGGUGAAGAAGCUGCAGCCCCCUGAUGAGGUGUGUUACCGGGUGCUGAUGCAGCUGUGUGGACAGUACGGCCAACCUGUCCUGGCUGUCAGAGUCCUCUUUGAGAUGAAGAAGGCCGGAGUUCACCCCAAUGCCAUCACCUACGGCUACUACAAUAAGGCGGUGUUGGAGAGCACGUGGCCGUCCAGCACCAGAGGAGGAUAUUUUCUGUGGAUGAAGCUGAGAAACGUCAUCCUGGGCGUGGCGCAGUUCAAACGGGCGCUGCGACGACAUGCUCCCCUCACCCAGAGCCCUCUGUCAGAUGGCAGCGACCUGGACGCUGUGAGUCACGGCAGCCUGGAUAGUUCUGCCGACACUAACCUGGCCGACGCCCCCAAAGUAGACCCCACUGACGAUAGAUCUAGCACAGUUGGCCGUGGGGGCGGCAGCGUGGGUGCCAGGGCCCCGGUGGCACACUGGGGGGGCUGUGAGCUCAGAGAAGCCACCCUCCACCCAGGAGAUCAGUCAGAUUUGGGUUAUAACUCUCUGUCCAAAGAGGAGGUUCGCAGAGGAGACCACACCACCCAGGACUCCACCGCUGACAAAGAUGACAAGAAGGAGAGCGACUGCAGCUCCUUGUCAGAGACAGAAAGUGCCAAAGGAAGCAAAGACUGCCUCCCUCAGCUGGACUUGGAGAUCAGUUCCUCCUUCAAACCCCGCGGCAUCGUUCGCAGCAGUUGUGCAUUUGACGAUUCAGCGAGUAAACCCAAAAGCUCCGCCAGCGCAGGUCACGUUGCAGGUCUCCUCUUCACCUCCUCUCUGGAUGAGAUCGGUGAGGUUCACACCAACAGUUUGAUCAGGAGACAUAAGAGCGCUCUGGAGGAGGUGGUGGGCAGCGCCAGCAGCGGCUCGGCUCUGGACUGGCAGGGCGUGAGGAACCGUCGGCUCAGCGGCGACACGGUGGGCAGCAGCGGCAGCGGAGCCACCGUCCUCGGUCUGGGAAUGAGCCAGGGUGAAACCGACCCAGAUAAGAUCGCAGGACACCUGGGAGCAGAUGCCAAAAUUCUCUCUGGUGCCAACUUCAGUAAGAGUAAGAGACCUCACUCGCUGGUUCUCAGUGGGCUGGAGGGAGCAGCUGCAAAGACAAACGCUGCUAGAAGUCAUGUGGAGGAGGAGGAGGAGGAGACGGAGGGUCAGGACUCCAGUGAUGAAGAUAGGAGCAACAUGGAGGCCAUUUUUGAUCUGGAGGAUCUGGAUUUGGACAAACCUGCCACAGGGGUGAAACCUCACAACAAACCUCAUAAGAAAACUGUUGAACGCAGCGCGAGUUACGGCGGGAUCACAUCCAUGACGCCCAGAGGAGCCGUGAAGCGAACUGGCAUAGAAACAGGCUUUGACCCUCUUUCCCUUCUGGCAGCAGAGUCCCAGUCCGAGCAGCAGACUGAGGACCAGGACCCGGAGGGAGACGAGGUGAGCACCCCGAGUGCCCGAAGACACCUGGCCCGGGAGAUAGAGCUCUACAUGAACCACAUGGGAAGCCCUCUGAGCAGCCGGACGCCCAGCAUGGACCUCCAGGACCCGGCCAGCCCCCUGCUGCUGCACCCCUCCACGCUUCACACCCCCCGCAGAGCCAGCCUGCCCCACAGCUCCCCCCUCAGGACAGCCGGAGUACCGCGCUCCCGCACCUUCCAGCCGCCCUCACCCUCCCAGCCUAUCUCCCGCCAGCGCCUCUGGUCAUCACCUCCCUGCCGGAGCUCCAGCACCACCCCCAGCCCCAGCCCUCGGCCCAGCCCCUACAGGGAGAGGGCUGACCGGAUGAGCCUGGCGUCGCCUUCACCCUCCUCAUCCUCAUUCGCUCUGGACACUCUGCUCACGCCAACGCUGGACGUGUUUAAGACCAGCAUGGUCUCUGCAGGGAAGGGUGUCGCAGAGAAGGCCAGCCGCUGGUACUCUCGUCUAGCCACGUACACAACACCGACCAAGGAUGGACACAGCGACCACCUCAGCGUGUCGUCUCUCGGCGUUGGAGAUCCAGACUGUUCCUCUCUGCUGGAUGAGGACGACUGUGGGGAGUCUGGGUCCUCCGUCGUGUCUCCACAGAGGAACGGACCCAUCGGCCCCCAGGGGCCCCGCAGGAGCCCCAGACGAAGCCCCCUCCGGAGCAGACUGGACAGCCCUACUGCAGGUUCCAACCACAGGAGACCCACAUCUCUGAUCCCUGGAUGCGUCGUCUCUCCACCUGGCUUCCCUCUGCCAGACAAAUCAGACCUUGGAUCUUCACGCUACACCAGCAACACCAGCAUCUUCAACAACUACGCCAUGGAGCUGCUGAUCUCCAGCUGUUCUCGCUGUAAGACGUGCGACUGUCUGGUUUACGACGAGGAGAUCAUGGCCGGCUGGACGGCCGACGACUCCAACCUGAACACCACCUGCCCCUUCUGUGGAAACCCCUUCCUACCCUUCCUCAACGUGGAGAUCAGGGACAUGAGAGGACCCGGCAGACUUUUCCUGAAGGGCAGCCCGUCGGUGGACGAGGCGAUGACGUCCUCCUACUCGGCCUCCACAGGUCUGGACACCGGGACGUCCACCUUGUCCACUCCAUGUCCCACCACAGAAGUGUCGUCUCCGUCACCUCUGAUCGCUGUGCAGGAGUGUUCAGGAAGGACUCGAUCCACCAGAGCUCAAGGCAUCAGCAUCCCCUCAGAGCGCCGGCAGGGGGCGCUGUCCUCCGGAGCUCCAAUGGCUCGAAGCGUCAGCGCCUUCGGGCCUCUGGAAGAACCGCCGAGGUUCAACCACUGCAUGCCGACGUCAGGAAGCCUGCCGAGCCGCCUGAACGAAGCCGCGGACCCUCUCAGUAUGGAGUGGCGCCUCCACAACCCCGAGCCGGUGACGGUUCCUUAUCUGAGCCCGCUGGUCCUGUGGAAGGAGCUGGAGAGUCUGCUGGAGAACGAGGGCGACCCGGUGAUCACGGAGGCCGACAUGGUGGACCACCAUCCCAUCAUCUACUGGAACCUGGUCUGGUACUUCAGACGCCUGGACCUGCCCAGUAACCUGCCGGGACUCAUCCUCACCUCGGAGCACUGCAACGCCGACUCACAGGUUCCUCGUCACUGGAUGUCUGAGGACAGCAAACACGUGUUGAUCCAGAUCUUAUGGGACAAUCUGAAGCUGCACCAGGAGCCAAUUCAGCCUCUUUACAUCCUCUGGAACACUUACAGACUUAAUUGUACUCUGUUGUUAGAGAAUGUGGGCUACCCUCUGAGCCGGCCGGUACCGGAGGAGGAGAAGCCGUUCAGCGAGGAUCUUCUGCAGGGCGUCGUGAAGAGCAUCCAGAGGAACGACGUCGGCCGGCCCAUGGCUCAGCUGCUGCAGCUGCUCGGUCACACUCUGGGAGUCAAACGGCAAAGGAGUUUGUACAGAGACAUCCUGUUCCUGUCGCUGGUGGCUCUGGGAAAAGACAACAUCGAUAUCGACGCCUUCGAUCGAGAAUACAAACUGGCCUACGACCGUCUGACGCCCAACCUGGUGAAACUGACUCACAACUGCGACCGUCCUCCGAGCACCGGAGUCAUGGAGUGUCGCAGGACGUUCGGAGAGCCGUACCUGUGAAAACACUCGUCGACGCUUCAAGACCAGCUCAGGAAUCCUGCAGGAGGCUGAAUGAGAAACUAAAGGUACAGAAGCUGUGGUCAGCGACAUGUAGCUUCACCUACAGACGCAAACCAAGCAACACUCUCCUGGUUUCUCUGGAAAUCCUGUGAAGAAUCUACAAAAAAGAAACUGUAAAUACAGAAGCAGCAGUAGAGGAUGUGUUUUUUUAAAAAAGCAACAUUUAUAUUGUAUAGUCCAACAUCAUAUGAAGACUAAUAUUAGCAAUAUUUUAACUUGAACUCUAUUUAUACAAAGUCAGCUUUAUUUAUUGUAGCGUCUGUUGUCGUGGUUACCGUCCUGUCGUCGCUGCAGCGCCGUCGUCCCCGAGUUUUCAAAACACCUGGAAAACUCACUUCACCGGAGCGUGGAAUAAAACGUUGCUUUGUGUGUUUGAAAAGACGAGAUUCUGUGAUUUAUGAGUUGGAGAAUCAGAAAACAAAAACAUUUAAAGACACAGUACAGAAAAAUAACAGUAGCUGCUCUGAUCAUUAAUGCCAAAUAUUCACAGGUUCUGUCUGGACUGUUGGACUUUAACCCUCCUGUUGUCUUCAUUUACGGGCAACAAAAAAUAUUGUUUACUUGUCUGAAAAUAUUUCAAAAAUUUAGCAAAAAAUUCCUCAAAUUUCUAAAAAUUUGCAAAACCUUCAGGUAGAAAAUUCCAAUAAUUUCCUAAAAA